CAGGGGACCAUCUCUGACCUGGGACCCAGUGGGAAAGUGAAAGUUGUUGAAGCAGUGGAGAAGAAUGUGGUCCAGCUCCGUCUGGGAGGGGAGGAUCAGGACCAGCUCGCUGCAGUGACCAGGGACUACUGGGACUGGUAGUUGCCUUACCACUGCCAACACACGGUGCUGCCUAGCCUGGAGAGAGAGACAGAGACAGAGAGAGAGAGAGAGAGAGGGACGCCACGUUGCCUCACAGGUGAGUAUUGCUGGGUAAAUAUUUACCCAGUAAACACCUCAUGAGUCCGUAAUCUCAUCAGUAUCGGUGGCAGGCCAGGGUUGCAAGUGGGUAGAAGUGGCUGUGGUGUGGACGUAUGCUGCAAUAGUAGUGAAAGAGUUUUUGGAUGGCAUAAGUGUUUACUGUACGUUUGGGUUGACACUUUGUAUCGGACACUCUCCUGCGUUGGCGUGGCUGUAAGUGUUUGAUAGCACCCCUGAGAGGCGUCUGUGUGCGUUUUUUGGGUGUCCACUGUGUAGGGGCACCAUGGAUUUUCUGCAGGACUCUCGGUGGACCAUGCAGGGCCUCAACAGCCGUCUGAAAGGCUUCCUGGAGCAGGUAAACAAGCUGCAAGAGGACAACCGGCGUCUGGAGGACCAGAUAGCAGACUGGGGCCUGAGGAAUGCCCCGCACCCCCAGGAAUCGACCCAGCAGGAGAGGACUGUGGAAGAGCUCCAUUUCCAGGUGAGACUAGCAUCUAUUCCCUUUUUAAUUGGUCCAAACAUUGAGCCCUGAGGGACCCCAACUCAUUCAAAACAUGGUUUUUGUUAUGUCCACUGACAGUCCAUUUGUUUGCCAGUGAUUAUGCUGAGGUACUGUAAUGCCUUGAUUUGAUUGAGCUAGUGUGUUGUGGCCAUACAGUAGCAAGUAGGACUGACUUUUAGAAUCUAACUUGCCCAUUGUACUGUAUAUUAUCCAUAUCAUUUUUAACCAUAGUUGACCAAAGCAGACAAAAUGUCUCUGAAAAUAGCGUACAAAGCAUCUUUACUUCAAAUAUGUUUUCAUGCUAGCAGGGUUUUGGCUUUGAGACAGACACAGCAUUGGCUGAACAAACCAGUUAUUAACCAUUUUCAGUCCUGGUGAUGAUUACACUUAAUAGCAGUCAAAUUAAAACUGACAUAUCACAAAGUGGUUCAUACCAAGACAACGUCCACUAUUACAGAGGAUGAGAAGUAGUGUCACACUCUAUGUCAUGACAUUUGGAAACGAGCCAUCAUUCCAAUGUCACACUCAAGAAUGCGGAUCCUUUUAUUGAUUUAAAUGCCGUUGCCCUAGUAGACCAUUAACACAGGCUGCUGUAAUCGUCAGCUCGCUCGCAUGAGCUGAUUGGAGGUUUUGCAACCAGUCCUUGAUUGAUGGUCUCUGGAUGUGAAUGGAGACAAAGGCGAAGAAACCACCUAGAUCUGACCUAUUAGUAUUGAAGCCAAAGGGACGGUUGACUUUUAUGCUCAAUUUUACUUUCAGUGAGAGUGUUGCGUAAAAAAUGAGCGAUUGCCAAUCCAUUGAUCAUCAUAAAGAUCCAUCAUGCAUAGCAGCAUUGAUAUCAUAUCUGCAGGCUUUACCAUGUGAGAAUAUAUAUAAUGUACAAAUGUACUCAUGUAUGACAUUUCCUUACACUUUCGCCUGGACUAAUACCUAGAAUGUUGACUUCUAUGAAAGCCAGGACUCCCUGGACAACAGUGGCAAUUGUUACUGAGUGGACUAUCCUGGCUAAAUAAAUCAAAUUAAAUUAAAAAUGAGUGACUUGACAUACGCAUAACUGAUAACAUUCUUCAAAUCUUCCUUUGACAUGAAUCCAUUGAUUUAUAGUAACAAUUAUUUUUGUUAUGUGCAUCUUCUUCAAGUCCGGUUUCAGUCCUAGACUAGUGUUAUUGUUGUGGGUUUAAGUGUCAAGACCAGGUGCCACCCUCAUUCUAUUUAAAAGCAUUGAAUAACGAUCCAUAAUAAGGAAUACUGGAACCUCGUGUAUAUAGCCAAGUUAUCAUUACUCAUUGUGUAUUUAUUCUUCAUUAUUAUUUUUCUAGUUUUUUUUCUAGUUUUUUCUUUUUUUCUCUCUGCAUUGUUGGGAAGGGCCUGUAAGUAAGCAUUUCACUGUUAGUCUACACCUGUUGUUUACGAAGCAUGUGACAAAUACAAUUUGAUGUGAUUUUAUUUGAAAUCAAUCAGUUAAUGUUCAGUUGGAGACGUGCCCUUUUGGAAGAAAACAAAGUGCUGAUAUCUGGUUUGUACUCUCACAGGGCUAUAAAUCAACACAGUCAGAGAUGAAUAACUGGAAGAGCUAAGAUAAUGGAAAGGAUACAAUUAAAAACAAUUAAAAUAUGAUCAUAAUCUUUGAGGCGGUUCUGUAAGCAAAUACCACACAAUAGUCCAAGUUAUUCCUAGAUUUCCUUCAAAAUGGGUGUGUUGGCCUUGAGUAAGCAUUGUGAAUUGUGAUUGGCAAAGGAAGAGUCAACAUUGAAACUCUGUUUGCUCAAAAUGGCCCUAGGUUGUACAGUAAAAAUGUAAAUAUCAAAGAUGCAAGGGAUUUUGGAUAACGUUAGUUUAAGUUUCAUGUACUUACAUUGCAGUUAAAGCCAACAAUAAAUGGUUUAUCAGGUUAAACACUAGAAUUACUGGGAGAGGCUCUUUGGAUUUAAUAUCUGUGCCACAACUGCUUCAGGCCUUGUCUUAAUGAACCCAAAUCGUGGGACGUCGUCAUGUAAUAAAACUGACUCAUUGAGCUGGUGGCAAUCUGACAAGCAUGAACAGUCUUUUAAAUGGAUGUGAAAUGGAUCAACCUCAAGUUAUCUUAUUCUCACAAAACAAAGAGUAGUUCCAACUGGCUUGUAUAAAUUGAUUAAAGAGAUACUUCGGGAUUUUGGCAAUGAGGCCCUUUAUCUACUUCCCCAGAGUCAGAUGGAAUCGUGGAUACCAUUGUUAUGUCACUGUGUCCAGUAUGAAGGACGUCAGAGGUGGUUUCCAGUGCCAAAACUAGCAAUGACUGGAAGUUAGCAUUGGCUCGCAAAACUACCUCUAACUUACAUUGGCCCGCAAAACUACCUCUGUUCCAACUUCCUUUCUUUGAUGAACUUUCAAAGGCUUCUAUUUUAUGCUUGUGCUAGUGCAUUAGCCUUGUCCCAUGCUCCAUGUGCUGUAGCCAACUCUUCUAUUGGUCAUUGUCAUGCCAUACAGUAUGAGCCGAGGCUAGUGUAAUACAAGGAAGCGAAACCUUUAUUACAGUUGUUCUAUUUUGAUAAGCCUCACCCACGUUUUCACAUUUUGAGAAAGACCCCAUUUGAUGCAGCACCUGUCAAUGUGAACUUCCAGUGUACUGAGGUGUAGUUGUAUGUGAUUUCAUGUUUUAUUGGGUUUUCCUACCUAUUGGACCAAUUACAUUACAUGGAUCAACAAGAUUGAACACAUUCUGAAAACGUUCAUGUUUUGCAUGCUUCUCGUCACAUCUUAUUCACUUCCUUGUUAUUUUGUCUUGCGUGUGUUGACUGUGUUUUGGUUCUGUAGGUUGGUAAACUGCUGAUGGAGAAUGCUGAGCUGGCGCUGCAGUCUGACCACAUGAAGUCCAAGGCUUCUACCAUCCAGGCCAGGUCAGUAGUGUUUGGGACACACUAGGUUAGGCCUAUGGAGGGCCAUCCACUAAUACAGUAACACAUAGCCUCAUAGUAUUUAUUUUCAUCAUAUCUAAAGAAACACAGAUAUACCAUAGCAGUUGUGAAUGCCUUCUGUAAACAUCUUAUUUUAAGGGCUAAAAUCCAUCAAAUCCUACUCCUACUGUUAGUACAAUACCUAACGACCGAUUUCAGAUUAUAUCACUUUUAAAUGCACUUUAAAUGCACCUCUUGAAUAACAAUCAGAUAUUUUAUUAUCAGAUACUUUAUAAUCACUUCUCUACUGUAGCAGCAGUACAGUCCACGCUUUGUUAUAACUCGGCUCGUUCCCACUCCUGUUCAACAACCUGCAUACAAAUCGCAACCCGGCUGCGUUGUGCCUCGUCGGCACUUUCCCAUCUGUAUUGAUGCAGAGUGACACACCGGCCCCGCUGCUACUGCCAGAGACGCUGCGUCCCAAACGGCACCCUAAUUCUUAUUUAGUGCACUACUUUUGACCAGGGGCCCAUCGGAGUGUGGUCAAAAGUAGUGCACUAAAUAGGGAAUAGGGUGCCAUUUGGGACGCAGACAGAGAUCCAUUAACCCCUGAAGGGCAAGGGAGGGCAACAACAUGCAGGCAGCUAUGAGCUAUGAAUACACAUCUCCUCUAUUUAUAUGCUGGGUCACUGUCACAAUGUUGUCUGCAUCACUGUGUCACAAGGUUUAUAUUGUAUUUGUUAUUAUUUAUUUGUUAUUAUUAUAUUAUAUGUACUUGUUGACAUUUUACUGCAUUGUUAGGAGCUAGUAACAUAAGCAUUUCGCUGCAUCCGCUAUAACACCUGCUAAGCUGUGUACGCGUCCAAAAAACUUUGAUUUGAUGUCUGUGACUUUAGCAUCUUUUGGGAAGUGAGGACUAUUGCAACUACUGAAUGACUGUUGCAAGAUUUUUUUAUCCCAUUGUGAGAUAAGGACUUUUACGUGAUUAGGUCAGAUCUGAUGAAGACGUAAGGCUCACUAAAACACAUGGGAGCAUAGAUUGCAGUGUGCAGUCUAUGUACCUUUACCUGAAAACACUUGUAUAUCUUAAAACCUUUUGCAGUGGGCUAAAUCAGGGUCACACAGAGUGAUUCUUGGUAGUCUUAAACAAAUCUACUUUGAAACAAAAGUAUACACCUCACACACAUGGUUAAGGGCUUUAAAAAAAGAAAACACCUGUACCAUGUCAGAUAUAGAGUUGAAAUGUAUUCCAUUUUGAGCUUGCAUCCCACUAUUACACUUUAUAUGCAUCACAGAAGACUGAAAUAUAACAAAACCGUUCGACAUAGAAACACUGGAUUUUCGUCGGUAAAAAAAACCCCAACUUCAUUAAUUAUGAAAUUAAGAAAAAUAUUAAUAACAUUUCAGCCAUGAGGCCAAAGAGGGUGCUUUUGGUCAUUGACUGCAGGAAAGGGCUACGCACCUGCUUAGAUACAAUGGAUGUGCGGCUGUAACAUUUCCAUAUACUGUGUCACAGUGUUUACUUACAUGCACAGUAUGUGUAGCUGUUUCACCACCCAUGUAGAGUACCCUGACUAGUUUACCCAGAGUCGGGUACAUUCAGUAGCCCUACAUUGAAAAACAUUUUCUAUGUAACCAUCACCACCUCUUGGUAAAGUGUAGGCCUAUAGCUGCUUUGCAUAGACCACUGUGGUCAAAGCUAAUUACAAGUCAAUAUCACCAGUUGAAACAUGGAAACAGAGACUACCUGUCCAGUAAGAAACACAAAUUGUUUUGUUCUCCCAUUUCAAAACGUUUCUAAACGUUUUCCAUUGAGUGCUCUAAUGAACACAACCCAGUUGAUAUGAUGAGAUGUGUUGUGUGUCCUGUCAUAGAUGUGAGGUGGAAGAGAGGCAGACCAAGUGUCUGGAGCAACAGGUGGCUCUGCUGAGGGAGAACAAGAUGAGGGUGGAGCAUACCAACGUGCAACUGGAUGCGGAGCUACACCACUCCAUGACAGAGCUGCAGGACAUGCACCAGGACUAUAUGGUACGGUCUUGUGCAAGUGUGUGUGUGCACAUGCAAGGGUCUGUACGGUUGCGUACACCUGCAUUCGUUAAGUAAAGACAUCCAUUGAAUAAAUGUAGCCAAGGAUGUGUUACUCAUUUUAAGGUUGAAUGUUACAUUAGUUUGUAAGAUAACCUUAACAUUAGGCUAUUUACUGUAAAAGUAAUAUUGAAUUGUGUUUGGUUGACAACGCAACAAAACAUCAACAUUUAAAGGAGAUGUAUCUACCGCUUGGAUAGUUCCAACUGCGCCACUGGCUUAAUCCAAUUAUUCAACUUCUUCAACUCAAGUUGGAGACAUGAAUCCAACACAUACAGUUGAAGUCGGAAGUUUACAUACACUUAGGUUGGAGUCAUUAAAACUCGUUUUUCAACCACUCCACAAAUGUCUUGUUAACAAACUAUAGUUUUGGCAAGUCGGUUAGUACAUCUACUUUGUGCAUGACACAAGUAAUUUUUCCAACAAUUGUUUACAGACAGAUUAUUUAACUUAUAAUUCACUGUAUCACAAUUCCAGUGGGUCAGAAGUUUACAUACAUCAAGUUGACUGUGCCUUUAAACAGCUUGGGAAAUUCCAGAAAAUUGCUUUAGAAGCUUCUGAUAGGCUAAUUGACAUAAUUUGAGUCAAUUGGAGGUGUACCUGUGGAUGUACAGUGGGGAAAAAAAGUAUUUAGUCAGCCACCAAUUGUGCAAGUUCUCCCACUUCAAAAGAUGAGAGAGGCCUGUAAUUUUCAUCAUAGGUACACGUCAACUAUGACAGACGAAAUGAGAAAAGAAAUCCAGAAAAUCACAUUGUAGGAUUUUUUAUUAAUUUAUUUGCAAAUUAUGGUGGAAAAUAAGUAUUUGGUCAAUAACAAAAGUUUCUCAAUACUUUGUUAUAUACCCUUUGUUGGCAAUGACACAGGUCAAACGUUUUCUGUAAGUCUUCACAAGGUUUUCACACACUGUUGCUGGUAUUUUGGCCCAUUCCUCCAUGCAGAUCUCCUCUAGAGCAGUGAUGUUUUGGGGCUGUCGCUGGGCAACACAUACUUUCAACUCCCUCCAAAGAUUUUCUAUGGGGUUGAGAUCUGGAGACUGGCUAGGCCACUCCAGGACCUUGAAAUGCUUCUUACGAAGCCACUCCUUCGUUGCCCGGGCGAUGUGUUUGGGAUCAUUGUCAUGCUGAAAGACCCAGCCACGUUUCAUCUUCAAUGCCCUUGCUGAUGGAAGGAGGUUUUUACUCAAAAUCUCACGAUACAUGGCCCCAUUCAUUCUUUCCUUUACACUGAUCAGUCGUCCUGGUCCCUUUGCAGAAAAACAGCCCCAACGCAUGAUGUUUCCACCCCCAUGCUUCACAGUAGGUAUGGUGUUCUUUGGAUGCAACUCAGCAUUCUUUGUCCUCCAAACACGACAAGUUGAGUUUUUACCAAAAUGUCCUAUUUUGGUUUCAUCUGACCAUAUGACAUUCUCCCAAUCCUCUUCUGGAUCAUCCAAAUGCACUCUAGCAAACUUCAGACGGGCCUGGACAUGUACUGGCUUAAGCAGGGGGACACGUCUUGCACUGCAGGAUUUGAGUCCCUGGCGGCGUAGUGUGUUACUGAUGGUAGGCUUUGUUACUUUGGUCCCAGCUCUCUGCAGGUCAUUCACUAGGUCCCCCGUGUGGUUCUGGGAUUUUUGCUCACCGUUCUUGUGAUCAUUUUGACCCCACGGGGUGAUAUCUUGCGUGGAGCCCCAGAUCGAGGGAGUUUAUCAGUGGUCUUGUAUGUUUUCCGUUUCCUAAUAAUUGCUCCCACAGUUGAUUUCUUCAAACCAAGCUGCUUACCUAAUGCAGAUUCAGUCUUCCCAGCCUGGUGCAGGUCUACAAUUUUGUUUCUGGUGUCCUUUGACAGCUCUUUGGUCUUGGCCAUAGUGGAGUUUGGAGUGUGACUGUUUGAGGUUGUGGACAGGUGUCUUUUAUACUGAUAACAAGUUCAAACAGGUGCCAUUAAUACAGGUAACGAGUGGAGGACAGAGGAGCCUCUUAAAGAAGAAGUUACAGGUCUGUGAGAGCCAGAAAUCUUGCUUGUUUGUAGGUGACCAAAUACUUAUUUUCCACCAUAAUUUCCAAAUACAUUCAUUAAAAAUCCUACAAUGUGAUUUUCUGGAUUUUUUUUUCUCAAUUUGUCUGUCAUAGUUGACGUGUACCAAUGAUGAAAAUUACAGGCCUCUCUCAUCUUUUUAAGUGGGAGAACUUGCACAAUUGGUGGCUGACUAAAUACUUUUUUCCCCCACUGUAUUUCAAGGCCUACCUUCAAACUCAGUGCCUCUUUGUUUGACAUCAUGGGAAAAUCAAAAAAAUCAGCCAAGACCUCAUAAAAAAAAAUUGUAGACCUCCACAAGUCUGGUUCAUCCUUGGGAGCAAUUUCCAAACGCCUGAAGGUACCACGUUCAUCUGUAUAAACAAUAGUUUGCAAGUAUAAACACCAUGGGACCACGCAGCCGUCAUACCGCUCAGGAAGGAGACGCCUUCUGUCUCCUAGAGAUGAAUGUACUUUGGUGCGAAAAGUGCAAAUCAAUCCCAGAACAACAGCAAAGGACCUUGUGAAGAUGCUGGAGGAAACAGGUACAAAAGUAUCUAUAUCCACAGUAAAACAAGUCCUAUAUUGACAUAACCUGAAAGGCCUUUCAGCAAGGAAGAAGCCACUGCUCCAAAACCACCAUAAAAAAACCAGACUACGGUUUGCAACUGCACAUGGGAACAAAGAUCGUACUUUUUAGAGAAAUGUCCUCUGGUCUGAUGAAACAAAAAUAGAACUGUUUGGCCAUAAUGGCCAUCGUUAUGUUUGGAGGAAAAAGGGGGUAGCUUGCAAGCUGAAGAACACCAUCCCAACCGUGAAGCACGGGGGUGGCAGCAUCAUGCUGUGGGGGUGCUUUGCUGCAGGAGGGACUGGUGCACUUCACAAAAUAGAUGGCAUCAUGAGGAAGGAAAAUUACGUGGAUAUAUUGAAGCAACAUCUCAAGACAUCAGUCAGGAAGUUAAAGAUUGGUCGCAAAUGGGUCUUCCAAAUGGACGAUGACCCCAAGCAUACUUCCAAAGUUGUGGCAAAAUGGCUUAUGGACAACAAAGUCAAGGUAUUGGAGUGGCCAUCACAAAGCCCUGACCUCAAUCCUAUAGAAAAUGUGUGGGCAGAACUGAAAAAGCGUGUGCGAGCAAGGAGGCCUAUAAACUUGACUCAGUUACACCAGCUUUGUCAGGAGGAAUGGGCCAUAAUUCACCCAAUUUAUUGUGAGAAGCUUGUGGAAGGCUACCCGAAACGUUUGACCCAAGUUAAACAAUUUUAAAGGCAAUGCUACCAAAUACUAAUUGAGUGUAUGUAGACUUCUGACCCACUGGGAAAGUGAUGAAAGUAAAUAAUUCUCUCUAGUAUUAUUCUGACAUUUCACAUUCUUAAAAUAAAGUGGUGAUCCUAACUGACCUAAGACAAUUUUUACUAGGAUUAAAUGUCUGGAAUUGUGAAAAACUGAGUUUAAAUGUAUUUGGCUAAGGUGUAUGUAAACUUCUGACUUCAACUGUAAUUUGUUAACAUGUCGACAAGUUAACAGGCUAUUUAUUGUUUUUCAAAAGUAAUAUUGAAUUUUGUUUGGUGGUUAACGCAACCAAAUAUCAACAUUUGAAGGAGAUUUAUCUCUUGCUUGGAUAGGUCCAUCUGUGCCACUGAUUUAGUCUGGAUUUAAUUCCAGUUUGUCUCCAAAUUAAUAAUUGAUAUGUUGGAUUUACAUCUAUCUCAACCAAAAAUCUAUGUUAAAGAACAGGACUAAAUCAAAUCAAACUUUAAAUGGCCAUUAAUCAAAGUUUGUUUUGAUUCAGUCCUAUUCUUUAACUUAGAUUUUUGGUUGAGAUGCAGACGUGAAUCCAACAUAUCAAUUGUUAAUUUGUAGACAAAAUUGAAAGUCAGACUAAGUCAGUGGCACAGAUGGAACUAUCCAAGCAGAAGAUACAUCUCCUUCAAAUGUUAAUUUGGUUGCGUUGACAACCAAAAAUAAUUCAAUAUCACUAAAUAUCAUUACAUUUGAAAUCAACCAGAGCUUGAAACCUUAGGCCUAUUGUAUUGACCAUUUUAAGUUGAAUUCUGGGUUGAAUUGAAACAAUAACUAUUGAUGACUUUGUAAUUGUUAUAUAAGCCUAAAUACCAUCAUUGAUGAUAUAUGAGUGAUAAAGUAUGGCCACAAUUUAUUUGCUCUAUUAAGCGUGACUUCGAUAACAACAGUGAAUAUGUUUUGUUUUUAAGUGGAGAUCAUUCUCACGAUAGCAUAUUGGUAAUAGUCAGUGACAAAUAUCAAGGCUAAGCAGGGCUGGGCUUGGGAGACCAAAGGAUAGCUGUAGAUAUAUACAUUCUCCAGUAGGAGGUGCUGCCCAGCCUAUAGUAUUUUCUUCUGAUACUGGAUAUAACGUUGAAGAUCUCACAUUGUUUUAAAGUUACAAAUUCAACAAAUUUUAUACAAGGUUUGUCUAUGUUGAUAUUUGGUUACCAUGAUUACAUAAUCCUGUGGUUGAAGUUUCAACAUUUAAACUACAGUUUACUUUGAUUACUUUUUUCAAAUCCAAUGUAUUUUCCACGUAGAUUCCACAUCACAAUACAAUCAAAACUUAUGUUGAAACAACGUUGAUUCAACCAGUUUGUGCCCAGUGGGAAGUUACUCUGGCAGGGGUUAGCCAACUCUACGUCCUUUUCCAAUUAGGAGGAAAUUCAUUGACCUUUUACUGAUCAGCAUCCAGUGUGUUUGUACAGUAUACUCCACCUUUGAUUUUUUAAAAUUAAUUAAUUGGUCAUUUAGCAGACGCUCUUAUCCAGAGCGACUUACAGGAGCAAUUAGGGUUAAGUGCCUUGCUCAAGGGCACAUCGACAGAUUUUUCACCUAGUCGGCUUGGGGAUUAGAACCAGCGACCUUUCAGUUACUGGUACAACGCUCUUAACCACUAAGCUACCACCUGCCGCCCUUGAUAACUCCCAUUGUCUCAUUCUUUUUUUUAUGUUUGUGUGUGGGGGAGGGGAGAGAGGUGAGACAAAAAAGAGAGAGAAAGAGAGAAGAGAGAGAGAAAGAGAGAGAAAGAAAAGAGAGAGAGAGACAGAAGGAAGGUGAGACAAGAUAGAGAGAGAGAGAGAGAAAGACACAAGAAAGCUACUGUAAAGAAAGAGCAGCGUCUCAGAACACCUUCUCCUCAGUAGCCCAUUAGCCAGAAGAAUGCCUACUCUUGUUUUCUCAUACCUCCCCUAUUGACCUCAGUGGCAAGGCUUGUUAGGUUUCACGCCCUCCUUUCCCUUUCACUGCUUUCCUUUCAUCCUCCCACCCUUCUCUCUCUCUCUCACUCUAUCUCUCACUCUCUCUAUCUCUCCCACUCUCUAUCUCUCUCACUCUCUAUGUCUCUCACUCUCUCUCUUUCACUCUCACCCUCUCUCUCACUCUCUGUCUCUCACUCUCUCUGUCUCUCACUCUCUCUGUCUCUCACUCUCUCUCUCUCUCACUCUCACUCUCUCUCUAUCUCUGUCUCGCACUGUCUAUGUCUCGCACUCCCUCUGUCUCUCACUCUCUCUGUCUCUCACUCUCUCUGUCUCUCUCACUCUCUCUGUCUCUCACUCUCACUCUCUCUCUCUCACUCUCUCUCUCUGUCUCUCACGCUCUCUGUCUCUCACUCUCUCUGUCUCUCACUCUCUUUCACUCUGUCUCUCUCUCUCUCUCUUACUCUCUCUGUCUCUCACUCUCUCUGUCUCUCUCACUCUCUCUCUCUCUCACUCUCUCUGUCUCUCUUUUACUAACCCUUUUUUAUUCCUGCUGACUAAUACUCCCCUUCCCUUCCUCCACUCAGGUCUUUACGUGAUCCAGCUUCUCUCUCCCACACACACACACACACACACACACACACACACACACACACACACACACACACACACACACACACACACACACACACACACACACACACACACACACACACACACACACACACACACACACAUACACACAUACACACAUACACACACAUACACACAUACACACAUACACACACACACACACACACACACAUACACACACACACACACACACUGUCCCACACUCACAGGCUCAUGCUCAAUAACAGACUCUACCCCUCCCCUGCAUUGCGUGUGUCUGCUCUCAGACUGUUCUCUCUCUCUCUCUCUCUCUCUCUCUCUCUCUCUCUCUCUCUCUCUCUCUCUUCCUCUGCCCUCGUUCUCUCUCUGUUCCUUUUUCUCCUUCUCUCUCAGAUUCACUCUCUGAUCCAUCACCUCUUGCUGUCACACACACACUCUUGUAUACUCUCUUACACUCAUAUAUCUCCCUGUCUCUCUCUCCCUCUUCUCUCUCCCUCUUCUCUCUCCCUCUCUCUCUCGCUGGUUGGCUCGUUGUGCAGGCAGCCCGUGCUCUGCAGCAGCAGCAGGCCGACUCCUGUGAUGCGCUGCUAGUGACGGCCACAGCGUGGGAGGAGGAUGGCACAGGGAUGGAGCUCUCCCAGCUCCUCGACCGAAUCAGGACGCAGUGCGACCGCCUCAGCCUCACCGGCCCAAAUCAAGUCCCAGAUGACCGACACCGCGGCCUGGCCGCCGGCCCAUAUCAAGCUCCAUGCUCCGCUGCCGGGCCUAGCCUUUUCGGAGCCACACUCGGAUCCCGAGCCCACGGAGGAUCUCUCCCACAGGUACGCAGUGUCCCACUGCCCUCCUCCCUCCCCUCCUUUCUCCCUUCCUUCCAUCCCUCUCUCUCUUUCCUUUCAUCCUCCUUUGGCUCCCUGCCACCUAGUCACACCCUGAUCAUAGCUCACCUCGGCUGUUUCCAGGCAACACAGUGAUAUGUGGUAAGAGAAGAGGAGUUGGUUUAUUUUGAUUUGUUGUACUGAAUUAGUCGGAGCUCUGAGGUGGUCUGAGGUCUGAGAUGGGUUGUUUACCUCUAUCCCUCUUUCUCUCUCUCCUUCUCUUUCUCUCUCCUUCCCUCUUUAUCCCCAUCACACCCCUCCACAUACAUAAAGGUACCCCAUAGACAGUCUAUUACCUCGAAGAAGAGAUCAACUUUUACUACGAUAUUGAAACGCUGCUCCGUACAACCUCUUUAGAUAUUGAUACGUCGUAAACCACAAUCGCAGCAUUGUAAUACACCACUUGAAAUGGGCCUCUCUGAUCUGUUUACUGCUAAGUACUUAUAAGGCAUCAGCUGAGGACAAUAUUAUUUUCAGACUUUGAAAUAGGAGCAUUUAGAUUUCAGUUUAAAAGGAUAACUUGCAAUUGGCAUGUAGCCUAUAGCCACCUUCCAUAGCUGUUGUUUUCGACAACAUCACAUCAGAUGGGGACAGUAUUUCAGGCUUUGAAAUAGUAGCAUUUUGAUUUCAGUUGAAUAGGGAAUAGGAUAUAUUUAGCAAUUGACCUAUGACUUCCUCUCAUAGCUAUGUUGUUUUCAACAACGACACAGCCCGUCUGGUCAGUUUUGCUUAUUACCCAUGAGAUGAUAUUUCAGCUCAUAUUUCAGGUUUUGAAAUAGGAGCGUUUCGGUUUCAAUCGAGUAGGGGGAAUAGAAUGAGUCACUCAUCAUGGCUGUGUUGUUUCCGUCUGGUCAGUUUUGCCGUCUGUGGCACACUGGUUGCAUCCCAAUUGGCACCUUAUUCCUUAGAUAGUGCACUACUUUUGACCGGGGCCCAUAGGGCUCUGGUCAAAAGUAGUGUAAUUUUAGGGAAUAGGGUGCUAUUUGGGAUGCAACCAGUGACUUUGAUGUGUCAAGCUUGAUUAAGCACCUUGGCCCAUGGCUGCAGGCAGGCAGCGACUGGUACUUAACCAGCGUCUGCUCUACAGAAUGACUUUGUUUGUUGCCCUCCUAGUUAGAGCCCCGUUAUGUCAGAGUGGACUGGAGUCUGGAGCAGAAUACAGCCCUGUUACAGCCUGGUUCCAGAUCUGUCGGGGAAGCAGAGUUGGCUAAAGGACAUACUGUACAUAUUGUAUGAGACGAGGCUAACUAGCUAUUAUGUUAUGCUUCUUACUGUAAAAUUACUGGUUACGGUUCCAAUUUACAGUAAGUGCCCCUAAUACAUGGUUAUUUACAUGGUAAUUACAGAAUAAUAUUAUGAAGUCCACAGUUUUGAAGAAUCCACUGAGAACAAGUGAAAGUUUCAUGUUUAACUAACAACCUUGAUUCAACAUGUUUGUGCCCUGUGGGAAUCUGCGGGGAAAAUGAUUACAGGUAGAUUCAUCAAGGUGUGAAGCCUAUUUACAAUGUGUCAUCAAGUUUAAGUCUUGGUUUAGAGUUGUUUUACUUUGUGUACCUGUUAGUUCAUUAGUUCGUGUUAAUGUCUAGGGUGUCAGAUUACCCACAUCAACCUGUUCCAUCUGUGCCCGGAAUCCUCUGGCUGUGUGCCAAUGUGUGUGGGUGCCAGUUUCUAUGGGUGUGUGUGGGUACCAGUUUUUAUGAGUGUGUGUGGGUGCGAAUUUGUACGAGUGUGUGUGUGUCCCAGAGUUCCAUGCGAACUGUUCCUGUUUGUGUGAACGUCAGCAUCUAUCUCCAUCAGAACUUUAUUUUUGUGUUCUUCCAUGUGAAUGAUGUGUGUGUGUUUGUGUGUAGGUGCAUGCAUGCGUACUUGCGUGUGCACGUGUAGGUGUAUGUGUGUGUGUUUGUGUGUGUGUGUGUUAUCUGACCUUCUUCUCUCUCCCCCAGCUCAAUGCAGAAGAGGCAGCAUGGGCCCAGGUGAACCUCGGCGGGGCUGCCCUGAGGGAGGCGCGGGCAGAGCUAGCCGACGCCAGGAAACAGUGGCACUGCCUGCAGGUGGAGAUAGAGUCCCUACAUGCUCUGGUGAGCACACACACACACACACGCACACACGCACGCACGCACACGCGCACACAUGCACACACACACACACACACACACACCACACCACUAUAGCCUCGGCAUUGUGGCAGACACAUACAGUACUUUCCCAUCUCUGCCAAACACCCGUAAUGGAUCAGUAGAGUUUGGAGAACAUUCAUCUUUAUUGAUUGUGAAAACACUAUUGGUGAUUCUCUCACUCUUGUUCUCUUGCCCCGUCCCCUCUACCCCAUCCCCUCUCACUCUUGUUCUCUUGCCCCGUCCCCUCUCACUCUCUCUUCUGUUCCACCUUCUGUGUCAUCCUCUCAUCCCCUUUCGUCCCGAUCGACCCUCUCUAUCAUAUUCCCUCUUUUCCCUCUACGCUGUCCUCACUCUCCAUCACUGUGCUCCACCUUUUACAUCCCCUCUCUCUCCACCUCUCCAUUUUUACAAUUCUUUCAUCUCUCUGAUCCUGCUAUUUUCCACUCUCCUCUCUCUCCUCCAUCUCCUCUGCCAUUUCUCUCCCUUUUCUACCUGCUCCCUCUCUCCUCUCUCUGUCCCACAUCAUUUUAUCCUGUCCACCCUCUCUCCUCCAUCCCCCUCCUUCCCCUCACCAGGAGAAAGGUCUGGAGAGUUCCCUCCACCACACCCAGCGUCAGUACUCCAGCCAGCUGCAGGGCCUGUCCCAGGUCAUCCAGGGCCUGGAGGGCGAGCUGGAGCAGGUGAGGGGGGGUCUGGCCACGCAGCGAGAGCGUCACGGCCAGCUGCUCAAUACCAAGAUGAGGCUGGAGAGAGAGAUCGCCAACUACAGGCGCCUGCUGGAGCGCGAGGAGGGCAGGUGAGGGGGCCAACGGUCACAGAAAUGGAAUCCUGGGACAGAUGUAGCAGAGGUGGUUUGGUAAACUACAUGGUGAUGAGUAUCCUUUCCUGAGAUGUAACUGUAGCCCCCAGAGCAAAAGGCUUUACUCUAGAAUUGAGCAGCUGAGCUAAGUUAGAUUUCUGGUCAAUUAAACAGACAUAGAUGCACACAGAUGAAUACGCACCUACUAAGGGUGAGAUAGUUGAUAUAAAGGUAUUAAAUGAUGAAACAGUUUCAUGCUACAGGGCAUAUUCACCACAAUGUGCUGGCAGGUCUUCAUCCUAAACCGUAAACCUGAACUAUAAAUAAGAACCAUAAAGUGCUGAGCGGUACAAAAUGCCAUGACCCAAAAUGAUCUUCUGCUUAAAGAGUGAAGAUGGCUGAAAUAAACAGGCAGGAUAUGUUUUCGUACAAUAUUAUAAUGUCCAAAAAUAAAUUGUAUCUCAUUGAAGUUCUUAACAAGACAGUGAAGGAACUUGAAGUUAUUUUACUAGAGAAACUUCUUGAGGGCACUAUACCUUUUAAAGAAUAGGGAUCGAAAGUAAAGGUGUUGAAUCAUUAGUCAGUAUGAGAAAGAUGAUCUCAGGACCUGUGAGGACAUGAGGAAGGGUGGUUGCAAAUUAAACGAAAUUAAGAUGCCCCAGUUGCUUUUAACAGAACAUGAAAACUUGCUAUAAAAACUCUCCCAUGAGGGUCCCACACCUAUAAUGAGCCAUCUUUUGUUUCCCAUGCAUAUGCAGACAGUCAAAACCUCAUCACCAAACACAUCAAAAGUUUCUCAAUACUUUGUUAUAUACCCUUUGUUGGCAAUGACACAGGUCAAACGUUUUCUGUAAGUCUUCACAAGGUUUUCACACACUGUUGCUGGUAUUUUGGCCCAUUCCUCCAUGCAGAUCUCCUCUAGAGCAGUGAUGUUUUGGGGCUGUCGCUGGGCAACACGGACUUUCAACUCCCUCCAAAGAUUUUCUAUGGGGUUGAGAUCUGGAGACUGGCUAGGCCACUCCAGGACCUUGAAAUGCUUCUUACGAAGCCACUCCUUCGUUGCCCGGGCGGUGUGUUUGGGAUCAUUGUCAUGCUGAAAGACCCAGCCACGUUUCAUCUUCAAUGCCCUUGCUGAUGGAAGGAGGUUUUCACUCAAAAUCUCACGAUACAUGGCCCCAUUCAUUCUUUCCUUUACACGGAUCAGUCGUCCUGGUCCCUUUGCAGAAAAACAGCCCCAAAGCAUGAUGUUUCCACCCCCAUGCUUCACAGUAGGUAUGGUGUUCUUUGGAUGCAACUCAGCAUUCUUUGUCCUCCAAACACGAUGAGUUGAGUUUUUACCAAAAAGUUCUAUUUUGGUUUCAUCUGACCAUAUGACAUUCUCCCAAUCCUCUUCUGGAUCAUCCAAAUGCACUCUAGCAAACUUCAGACGGGCCUGGACAUGUACUGGCUUAAGCAGGGGGACACGUCUUGCACUGCAGGAUUUGAGUCCCUGGCGGCGUAGUGUGUUACUGAUGGUAGGCUUUGUUACUUUGGUCCCAGCUCUCUGCAGGUCAUUCACUAGGUCCCCCCGUGUGGUUCUGGGAUUUUUGCUCACCGUUCUUGUGAUCAUUUUGACCCCACGGGGUGAGAUCUUGCGUGGAGCCCCAGAUCGAGGGAGUUUAUCAGUGGUCUUGUAUGUCUUCCAUUUCCUAAUAAUUGCUCCCACAGUUGAUUUCUUCAAACCAAGCUGCUUACCUAUUGCAGAUUCAGUCUUCCCAGCCUGGUGCAGGUCUACAAUUUUGUUUCUGGUACAUAGGAAAGCACCACCUUGUUCCCAAAAAUGUUCAAUGAAAUUAAACAUCCAAAAACCAUCCAAAAGGAGCUUAAAGGGUGAAGGUAAUUUAAAAAAGGAUUCCUCUUAAUCUACCACUUUGUUUCUCUGUCAAAACAGCUCGAUUUAUGUGUUGAGUCUUUCUCUUUUGUUGAGGAGUGUGACAGAUGGCUUUCUUUACUGUUGCAGCUUAAGAAAGUCUUAUCUGCAUAGAGAAUCAAAAAUAAUUGUAGGUUGAGACAGAGAUGUUCUGGCGGCGACUCAAUAUAACAGUUGGUUACUGGUUACUGGAAAUUCACCAGACUUGUGCUAAUGUACACUGAGUAUUCAAAACAUUAAGGACACCUGCUCUUUCCAUGACAUAAUCUGACCAGGUGAAUCCAGGUGAAAGCUAUGAUCUCUUAUUGAUGUCACGUGUUAAAUCCACUUCAAUCAGUGUCGAUGAAGGGGAGGAGACAGGUUUAAGAAGGAUUUUUAAGCCUUAAGCAGGGUAUGGUAUUAGGUGCCAGGUUUGUGUCAAGAACUGCAAUGCUGCUGGGUUUUUCACGCUCAACAGUUUCAAGAAUCAAGAAUGGUCCACCAUCCAAAGGACAUCCAGCCAACUUCACACAACUGGGGGGGAGGGGGGGGGGGGGCAACACAAUAUUAGGAAUGUGUCCUUAAUGUUUUGUACACUCAGUGUAUUUACCUACAUACAGUACAGGAAGACAGACAGACAGACAGACAGGCAGGAAGGCAGACAUGCAGGAAGACAGACAGGCAGGAAGACAGACAGGCAGGAAGACAGACAGGCAGGAAGACAGACAGACAGGAAGGCAGGCAGACAGACAGACAGACAGACAGACAGACAGACAGAAAGACAGACAGACAGACAGACAGACAGACAGACAGACAGACAGACAGACAGGAAGGCAGACAUGCAGGAAGACAGACAGGCAGGAAGACAGACAGGCAGGAAGACAGACAGACAGACAGGAAGACAGACAGACAGGCAGGAAGACAGACAGGCAGGAAGACAGACAGGCAGACAGACAGACAGACAGACAGACAGCCAGGAAGACAGGAAGACAGGAAGACAGGAAGACAGGAAGACAGGCAAACAGACAUGCAGGAAGACAGGCAGGAAGACAGGCAGGAAGACAGGCAGACAGACAGGAAGACUGGACAGGCAGACAGACAGACAGACAGACAGACAGACAUGCAGGAAGACAGGCAGACAGACAGACAUACAGGCAGACAGACACAUUCCUCUGCAUUGUGUGCACAGAUAAAAGAGAGUUUUAAACUACCAGCUGUUCUGUACCAGACAGCCCCACAUUCACGUCUUAACCUCAUGGCUUUCGUUCAGAUCUUUAAUGUUGUUUCCUCUUAACAUCAAGGUUGGUUUUAUUAGGAAAGAUUCCAUUCGAUUUACAGGCCUACAGAUUAUACUCAAUUAUCAUCACUGAGGAAUUCACAGGCUGGUCACACGAAUGCAUUCAAUCACAGACAGUUCACGGCCAUAAUGUUUGUACAUCGCAGAUCUGUCCCUCAAUUUAGCACCCCAGCAGACCUCAUAAUUAUGUUUUUAUUACCACCUUUUAUUUAUCUGGGAAGUGCCCCGCAUUAUCUAGUUUUAUGACCAUCCAGGUUGAGUAAGGUGACGCUCGAUGAUGCAUCCUAGAUCUUCUACCAGUCUAUUGGAUUUAUAUCUAUAUUCUCAGAAGAUCACAAUGCACUCGCUCAACUCAAGAUGCCAGGCUCUGUAUUGUAUCAAUCUGCUCUGUCAUUUCAUGAUUCGGAUGUGCUGACCACACUAUAAGAUAUCCUUCAGCCCCGCAAUUUCUUUGAGUGCACAGAAAUGGCUGAAGUUAUCCAUCAAAUAGGUAGACAGCAUCUGAGACAGCUGCCAAAGGAGUGUCCCCCGACACAGAUUCCAUUGGGACCUACUCACCAUGUUUCCUCAUCUAUUCACAGGUACCCAGGUGGGCAUAACGGACAGGUGAUGGGGCUACGGCGCUGGAGGGGCCCCAUAAGAGAGCCAGACCCUAUAGGGGAGGAGCCCAAGGAGAAUGGAGUGGAGGAGAACGGCCUCAGUGACCCCACGGUGACCCCUGAGGAGCCACUGUCCGAGCCCCUGCCUGAGCGACCCCAGCGGUGGUCUGUGACGGAGAACGGUCUGAGGAAGAGCCCUGCGCUAACGCUGCAUAGGCAACAGAGCCUGGUCAUCCUCACAGGUGGGGGACAUGGUCAGGCACAUACACACAUAGAAUGUUCACGGUCAUAUACACACUCAUAUACACACAAUCAGGCAGGAGUACCACACACACACACUCAUACAGUAUGCUAAAUGCACUAUAUAUACAAAAGUAUGUGAACACCCCUUCAAAUUAGUGGAUUCGGCUAUUUCAGCCACACCUGUUGCUGACAGGUGUAUAAAAUCCAGCACACAGCCAUGCAAUCUUCAUCGACAAACAUUGUCAGUAGAAUGGCCGUACUGAAGAGCGCAGUGAUUUUCAACGUGGCACCGUCAUAAGGAAGUCACCUUUCCAACAAGUUCGUCAAAUUUCUGCCCUGCUAGAGCUGCCCCGGUCAAUUGUAAGUGCUGUUAUUGUGAAGUGGAAACAUCUAGGAUCAACAACGGCUCAGCCACAAAGUGGUAGGCCACACAAACUCACAGAACGGGACUGCCGAGUGCUGAAGCGCGUAGUGCGUUAAAAAUAAUGUGUCCUUGUUUGCAACACUCACUACUGAGUUUCAAACUGCCUCUGGAAGCAACAUCAGCACAAGAACUGUUCGUCGGGAGCUUCAUGAAAUGGGUUUCCAUGGCCGAGCAGCCACACACAAGUCUAAGAUCACCAUGCGCAAUGCCAAGCGUCGACUGGAGUGGUGUAAAGCUUGCUGCCAUUGACUCUGGAGCAGUGGAAUGGCGUUCUCUGGAGUGAUGAAUCUGGGUUUGGCGGAUGCCAGGAGAACGCUACCUGCUCCAAUGCAUAGUGCCAACUGUAAAGUUUGGUGGAGGAGGAAUAAUGGUGUGGGGUUCUUUUUACAUGGUUCGGGCCCCUUAGUUCCAGUGAAGGGUAAUCUUAAUGCUACAUCAUACAAUGACAUUCUAGACAAUUCUGUGCUUCCAACUUUGUGGUAACAGUUUGGGGAAGGCUUUUUCCUGUUUCAGCAUGACGAUGCCCUCGUGCACAAAGCGAGGUCCAUACAGAAAUGGUUUGUCGAGAUCGGUGUGGAAGAACUUGACUGGCCUGCACAGAGCCCUGAAUUGGAACGACAACUGCAAGCCAGGCCUUAUCACCCAACAUCCGUGCCUUACCUCACUAAUGCUCUUGUGGCUGAAGGUCCCUGCAGCAAUGUUCCAACAUCUAGUGGAAAGCCUUCCCAGAAGUGUGGAGGCUGUUAUAGCAGCAAAGGGGGGACCAAUUCCAUAUUAAUGCCAAUGAUUUUGGAAUGAGGUGUUCGACAAGCAGGUGUCCACAUACUUUUGGUCAUGUAGUGUCUGUGUGUGCAACCAAUCAAAUUUGAUUUUAUUUGUUUUAUGUGCAGAGCCAGAGCGAGACAACGAUCUGAGAAUUUCCACAGUGAAGACCCAGGAGAUCCUCCAAGGCAACAUGGUGCGGGAGAGUGCAGAGGGUACCGGCACCGUGGAGUAAGUAUUGAUCAGACCUAGGGCUGUUGCGGUGACCGUAUUACCGCCACACUGGCGGUCACGAGUCAUGAAGGCAGUCAAAUUCCACGUGACCAUUUAGUCAUGGUAAUUAGGCUUCUCCAAGCUCUGAUGCUGCUGAUGGUCAUUAGUAGCCUACCAAACUUGCUAACUGCCUGGUACUCAGCACUCUAUUGUCCCUUCUAAUCACUCUGACAUCAAUGAGAGCCCAUGAGCUCAUGUUGCGCAACAUUUCUAUAGGCUAUGCAAUUGUGUGAGAAAAAACAGAGUGAUGGCCUCUAUUAAAAAGAGGAUCACAUCAGCUUUCUAUAGGCUAGGCCUACUAUAUUUAUUUCUCAACUUUCCUAACAUUAAGCACAUUGCUUCUCUUUAUAACAGGAGUAUAGCCUACCUGGCUGGCAUAAAAAUUAACCACGGGAAUCGUGUCCUCCAUUCGCAAUUUAAGUGCAAUUAAGUGCAUGUAUUUUUACCCCUGCCCCAGGUGCAUAAUAAUGGUCCAUUAUAAAUCAAAACAAAUUUCACACAUAUAUUAUUUAGUAUCUGUAAAGACAAGAUUAAAUCAAGAAUAGUCUGAUGGGUGACAAUAUUAGCCUAUCACUUGUGAAUUAUAUAUUAUCACUUGUGAAUGAUGCCCAGCAUAAGAAACAAUGCCUUUUUUUUGCGACUUUUUCUAAUCAUAGUCGCACACCUCAUGCAGCCUAGCCCAUAGGCCUAUACAGUGCCUUGCAGAAGUAUUCAUCCCCCUUGGUGUUUUUCCUAUUUUGUUGCAUUACAACCUGCAAUUUAAAUUGAUUUUUAUUUGGAUUUCAUGUAAUGGACAUACACGAAAUAGUCCAAAUUGGUGAAGUGAAAUGAAAAAAAUUACUUGUUUCAAAAAAUUCAAAAAAAUUAAUAACAAGUGGUGCGUGCAUAUGUAUUCGCCCCCUUUGCUAUGAAGCCCCUAAAUAAGAUCUGGUGCAACCAAUUACCUUCAGAAGUCACAUAAUUAGUUAAAUAAAGUCCACCUGUGUGUAAUCUAAGUGUCACAUGAUCUCAGUAUACAGUUGAAGUCGGAAGUUUACAUACAACUUAGCCAAAUACAUUUAAACUCAGUUUUUCACAAUUCCUGACAUUUAAUCCUAGUAAAAAUUCCCUGUCUUAGGUCAGUUAGGAUCACCACUUUAUUUUAAUGUGAAAUGUCAGAAUAAUAGUAGAGAGAAUGAUUUAUUUCAGCUUUUACUUCUUUCAUCACAUUCCCAGUGGGUCAGAAGUUUACAUACACUCAAUUAGUAUUUGGUAGUAUUGCCUUUAAAUUGUUUAACUUGGGUCAAACAUUUAGGGUAGCCUUCCACAAGUUUCCCCAAUAAGUUGGGUGAAUUUUGGCCCAUUCCUCCUGACAGAGCUGGUGUAACUGAGUCAGGUUUGUAGGCCUCCUUGCUCGCACACGCAUUUUCAGUUCUGCCCACAGAUUUUCUAUAGGAUUGAGGUCAGGGCUUUGUGAUGGCCACUCCAAUACCUUGACUUUGUUGUCCUUAAGCCAUUUUGCCACAACUUUGGAAGUAUGCUUGGGGUCAUUGUCCAUUUGGAAGACCCAUUUGCGACCAAGCUUUAACUUCCUGACAGAUGUCUUGAGAUAUUGCUUCAAUAUAUCCACAUAAUUUUCCUUCCUCAUGAUGCCAUCUAUUUUGUGAAGUACACCAGUCCCUCCUGCAGCAAAGCAUCCCCACAGCAUGAUGCUGCCACCCCCGUGCUUCACGGUUGGGAUGGUGCUCUUCGGCUUGCAAGCCUUCCCCUUUUUCCUCCAAACAUAACGAUGGUCAUUAUGGCCAAACAGUUCUAUUUUUGUUUCAUCAGACCAAAGGACAUUUCUCCAAAAAGUAAGAUCUUGUCCCCAUGUGCAGUUGCAAACCGUAGUCUGGCUUUUUUAUGGCGGUUUUGGAGCAGUGGUUUCUUCCUUGCUGAGCGGCCUUUCAGGUUAUGUCGAUAUGGGACUCGUUUUACUGUGGAUAUUGAUACUUUUGUACCUGUUUCCUCCAGCAUCUUCACAAGGUCCUUUGCUGUUGUUCUGGGAUUGAUUUACACUUUUAGCACCAAAGUACAUUCAUCUCUAGGAGACAGAAUGCGUCUCUUUCCUGAGCGGUAUGACGGCUGCGUGGUCCCAUGGUGUUUAUACUUGCGUACUAUUGUUUGUACAGAUGAACGUGGUACCUUCAGGCGUUUGGAAAUUGCUCCCAAGGAUGAACCAGACUUGUGGAGGUCUACAAUUAUUUUUCUGAGGUCUUGGCUGAUUUCUUUUGAUUUUCCCAUGAUGUCAAGCAAAGAGGCACUGCGUUUGAAGGUAGGCCUUGAAAUACAUCCAUGACAUCAUUUUCUGGAAUUUUCCAAGCUGUUUAAAUGCACAGUCAACUUAGUGAAUGUUAACUUCUGACCCACUGGAAUUGUGAUACAGUGAAUUAUAAGUGAAAUAAUCUGUCUGUAAACAAUUGUUGGAAAAAUUACUUGUGUCAUGCACAAAGUAGAUGUCCUAACCGACUUGCGAAAACUAUAGUUUGUUAACAAGACAUUUGUGGAGUGGUUGAAAAACGAGUUUGAAUGACUCCAACCUAAGUGUGUGUAAACUUCCGACUUCAACUGUAUAUACACCUGUUCUGAAAGGCCCCAGAGUCUGCAACACCACUAACCAAAGGGCACCACCAAGCAAGCGGCACCAUGAAGACCAAGGAGCUCUCCAAACAGGUCAGGGACAAAGUUGUGGAGAAGUACAGAUCAGGGUUGGGUUAUAAAAAAAUAUCUCAAACUUUGAACAUCCCACGGAGUACCAUUAAAUCCAUUAUUAAAAAAUGGAAAGAAUAUGGCACCACAACAAACCUGCCAAGAGAGGGCCGCCCACCAAAACUCACGGACCAGGCAAGGAGGGCAUUAAUCAGAGAGGCAACAAAGAGACCAAAGAUAACCUUAAGGAGCUGCAAAGCUACACAGCGGAGAUUGGAGUAUCUGUCCAUUGGACCACUUUAAGCCGUACACUCCACAGAGCUGGGCUUUACAGAAGAGUGGCCAGAAAAAAAGCCAUUGCUUAAAGAAAACAAUAAGCAAACACGUUUGGUGUUCGCCAAAAGGCAUGUGGGAGACUCCCCAAACAUAUGGAAGAAGGUACUCUGGUCAGAUGAGACUAAAAUUGAUCUUUUUGGCCAUCAAGGAAAACGCUACAGUGGGGAGAACAAGUAUUUGAUACACUGCUGAUUUUGCAGGUUUUCCUACUUACAAAGCAUGUAGAGGUCUGUCAUUUUUAUCAUAGGUACACUUCAACUGUGAGAGACGGAAUCUAAAACAAAAAUCCAGAAAAUCACAUUGUAUGAUUUUUAAGUAAGUCAUUUGCAUUUUAUUGCAUGACAUAAGUAUUUGAUCACCUACCAACCAGUAAGACUUCCGGCUCUCACAGACCUGUUAGUUUUUCUUUAAGAAGCCCUCCUGUUCUCCACUCAUUACCUGUAUUAACUGCACCUGUUUGAACUUGUUACCUGUAUAAAAGACACCGGUCCACACACUCAAUCAAACAGACUCCAACCUCUCCACAAUGGCCAAGACCAGAGAGCUGUGUAAGGACAUCAGGGAUAAAAUUGUAGACCUGCACAAGGCUGGGAUGGGCUACAGGACAAUAGGCAAGCAGCUUGGUGAGAAGGCUACAACUGUUUGGGCAAUUAUUAGAAAAUGGAAGAAGUUCAAGAUGACGGUCAAUCACCCUCGGUCUGGGGCUCCAUGCAAGAUCUCACCUCGUGAGGCAUCAAUGAUCAUGGGGAAGGUGAGGGAUCAGCCCAGAACUACAUGGCAGGACCUGGUCAAUGACCUGAAGAGAGCUGGGACCACAGUCUCAAAGAAAACCAUUAGUAACACACUACGCCGUCAUGGAUUAAAAUCCUGCAGCGCACGCAAGGUCCCCCUGCUCAAGCCAGCGCAUGUCCAGGCCUGUCUGAAGUUUGCCUGUCAUCUGGAUGAUCCAGAGGAGGAAUGGGAGAAGGUCAUGUGGUCUGAUGAGACAAAAAUAUAGCUUUUUGGUCUAAACUCCACUCGCCGUGUUUGGAGGAAGAAGAAGGAUGAGUACAACCCCAAGAACACCAUCCCAACCGUGAAGCAUGGAGGUGGAAACAUCAUUCUUUGGGGAUGCUUUUCUGCAAAGGGGACAUGACGACUGCACCGUAUUGAGGGGAGGAUGGAUGGGGCCAUGUAUCGCGAGAUCUUGGCCAACAACCUCCUUCCCUCAGUAAGAACAUUGAAGAUGGGUCGUGGCUGGGUCUUCCAGCAUGACAACGACAUGAAACACACAGCCAGGGCAACUAAGGAGUGGCUCCGUAAGAAGCAUCUCAAGGUCCUGGAGUGGCCUAGCCAGUCUCCAGACCUGAACCCAAUAGAAAAUCUUUGGAGGGAGCUGAAAGUCCGUAUUGCCCAGCGACAGCCCCGAAACCUGAAGGAUCUGGAGAAGGUCUGUAUGGAGGAGUGGGCCAAAAUCCCUGCUGCAGUGUGUGCAAACCUGGUUAAGACCUACAGGAAAUGUAUGAUCUCUGUAAUUGCAAACAAAGGUUUCUGUACCAAAUAUUAAGUUCUGCUUUUCUGAUGUAUCAAAUAAUUAUGUCAUGCAAUAAAAUGCAAAUUAAUUACUUAAAAAUCAUACAAUGUGAUUUUCUGGAUUUUUGAUAAACCUAUGAUAAAAAUGACAGUCCUCUACAUGCUUUGUAAGUAGGAAAACCUGCAAAAUCGGCAGUGUAUCAAAUACUUGUUCUCCCCACUGUAUGUCUGACGCAAACCCAACACCUCUCAUCACCCCGAGAACACCAUCCCCACAGUGAAGCAUGGUGGUGGCAGCAUCAUGCUGUGGGGAUGUUUUUCAUUGGCAGGGACUGGGAAACUGGUCAGAAUUGAAGGAAUGAUGGAUGGCGCUAAAAACAGGGAAAUUCUUGAGGGAAACCUGUUUCAGUCUUCCAGAGAUUUGAGACUUGGACGGAGGUUCACCUUCCAACAGGACAAUGACCCUAGGCAUACUGCUAAAGCAACACUCGAGUGGUUUAAGGGGAAACAUUUAAAUGUCAGACCUCAAUCCAAAUGAGAAUAUGUGGUAUGACUUAAAGAUUGCUGUACACCAGCGUAACCCAUCCAACUUGAAGGAGCUAGAGCUGUUUUGCCUUGAAUGGGCAAAAAUCCCAGUGGCUAGAUGUGCCAAGCUUAUAGAGACAUACCCCAAGAGACUUGCAGCUGUAAUUGCUAGAAAAGGUGGCUCUACAAAAUAUAGACUUUGGGGGGGUGAAUAGUUAUGCACACUCAAGUUUUCAGUUUUUUUGUCUUAUUUCUUGUUUAUUUCACAAUUUUAUUAAAUUGCAUCUUCAAAGUGGUAGGCAUGUUGUGUAAAUCAAAUGAUACAAACCCCCCAAAAAUCUAUUUUAAUUCCAGGUUGUAAGGCAACAAAACAGGAAAAAUGCCAAGAGGGGUGAAUACUUUCGCAAGCCACUGUAUGUUUUAAUAAGGUUUGUAUCAUAACUAAAGUGGCCAAAUAACUUCUUAAAAUUAAGCACAUUAAUCCACUUUACAAGGGGUGUAGAGCCUAACUGGCAUACAAGUUUGGGGAAGAUAAUUUUCACCAUAAAAAUGCACCUUAUAAUAAAGGCAUUACAUGCGUAACCGCAUUUGCGGUCACUUUUGAAAAUGGUGUUUUCCCGCUAAUGGAACAUUUGUGCUUAUAGCCUACUGCCCUGUGCGCAUUGCUGCGCUUAUAAUUUAAAGAAAUAGCCUAAUAAUUUAUCAACAUUUUAAGAUAAACAUUCUGAUCUGUUGCAUCAGCCUCAUUGCCUAAAAACGUUUUUUUGAUGCUAGUGGUUGUAUUCAUUUGGGAUCUAUCGCAUCCCACAACUGUCGCACAGAAUAGAAUAGGUCAACUUUUGUACUAUAGGGGAUAGUAGAUUGACAUAGGCUAGUGCUUUUGCCAUUUGUUAGGCCUACUCAUCUUGUUGGCUGACGAAAAGUAAAUGUGGACAGUUCUUCCAAUAUCUUCAAUAUGCACCUCGGAAUUGGAUAAGGACACGCGCAGUCCCCGAUGUGUCUGUCUUCACUUGUAGCCUGUGAGAAAGACCCGAUCACGUGAUGGAGAGCCAUGUGAGUGAGAGGUGCUUUGGAGCAGGCAGCACUUAGGGAGAAGGGAAUUAUAAUUAUUAUAUUUAGCCCAAGGGCACAGCUGCAACAUGGUCAACUCAGAGUAUGCUAUUCUGUUCUUCUGAAACAGACUACAUUUUCUUCAUAUCAUGUUUCUUUAGACCUGUCUAAAAUAAAUAAUGAAUUUAUUGUGAAGGUAUAGGCUAUAUUACAUGGAUUUAUUAGACUUUUUAAAAUAUAUAUGUUCCAAAGGUCUGCAUCAGUGGCUUGUAGGCUAUGUGUGGAAGCCAGGAGAUGCUAAAAUUGUUUAUGUUAAUUAACGGUCAAUUACCGUGAGACCGGCAGUUAUUUGCGCUGACAAGAUUUUGUGACCACCACAGCUCUAAUCAGACCUAUUAAUCGUGAUCGUUGUCCCAAUGUCACCACCACGCCUGGUUCAGGUAGUGUGAAGAGUAAUCGUUCCUUAGUGUCAGAAAGUAUCAACUACGAUGAAGGGAGCAGUGAUGCUUUACUUAUGAUGUUAUUCAAUAGACUAGGGAUAACUUUUCAAACUGUCAAAUGAGGUAUUCUAAAUAUAAUUCAGGACAAAUUGAAGGUUUUUUACCACAUUAGGUAGCAGCUGAAUGCAUCUUUCACAUGAAGCACCUUUCAGUUUGUAUUGUGUUUGUUCGACUAAUAAUGGCAGCAAUAGACACACUCAUAUUCCCUCCCUGGCAACAUCUAGUCUGAGAGACAAGAUGUGCAGACAUGCACGUGCACACCCACACCCACACCCACACACACACACACACACACACACACACACACACACACACACACACACCACACACACAGGGAAGUAUCUCUGCAUGCCUAAGCCAGGAGUGAUUAACAAUUUAUUCAGUUGCGAAAUUUGGCAUGAGCUGUCGGUCUGGGGGUUGUUGGGAAUAUUUCUCAUUGAGAGACAUUCGUUAAUGAGCUCCAUUAGAUGUGGAGACACCGGCGUCUCCCAAGAGGGAGUGGCGUCUGUCAUUCCUAAAUUCUUUGUGUAUACAUCAGGUGUUAAAACCACACACUGUACCAACUGGGAUGGGAACGGCCGCAUAAAUAUUUUUGCUUUCAGAGUCAUCGUCGCCCUCUGACACGCCACCCCCGGUGUCUGGUGCUUAAGCUGUUCUUUUACUAACUGUGUCAUCUCGUGAACUUUCCUUAACUCUGAAUGAGAUAAUUAUUACAAUUAACUGUACAAUCAUUGCGUGUGUUUGGGAGGGGUUCUCUGACUUAUACUUUUUACUGUAAAAAUCCCACCCAUACAAUCAUAUCGGACCAAUCAUCAGUUAGAGAUACCAUAUUAGGAUAUAACCCUGGUUUACUGUGGCCAGGGUACACUUCAAAACACCAGCUUUGUAAAGGAUUGUUUGUUUGAUUGUUCCUAUACAUGUACUCUACGUUUCCAGUUGUAGUCUAGCAUCUAUUGCAUUUUAAAACCUAACCCAUUGUUUUCCCAAACACCCCACCCAGGACGGACAGGAUCGACAAGGUGAUUAAGCAGUGGGAGGGCUCCUUCUUCAAGGGGAACCCCAAGCUGCGGAAGAAGUCUGUGUCGCUACGCUUCGACCUGCACAUGGCGGCGGCAGAUGAGGGCUGCGCCCAGACCAAGCAGGACAGCCUGCCCGACGUGGAGGUCCGCCUGGUGAUGAAGAGGUCCCGCAGCAUCCCCACCAUCGCGGCAAAUGUCGAGGCAACAGUAUAGUCGAGGCAACAGUAUACCUAUCAUUGAUAGGUGAUAUCAUCAUUGAAUCGCCUCCCUCAUAAAUGUCGUGCUCUGGCAACAGCAUCCCUACCCUUGACAGUGAUAUCACAAUGAGAUCAGCAUUGUUUCCCAUUGAGCUAGGUUGAAGAUGGGAAGGUUAAGACAAUGAAGUAAUUCCAUGCGGAAGCGUUUGAAAAUAAACACCUUCAUCGGACCGACCAGCUCCAUUAAUAAAUAUUAGCACCAUUGCUAACAAGCAACGCUCGUGUCAUGAAUUACAAAGAGUUAUGAAAUAUUAUAAACUGGGUGGUUCGAG